AUGGCAAAUAUCUUGAUGUGCCACUUCGAGGAAAAAUGGGUUCUUAACAGCAACGUUCGCCCUUCUGUUUUGUUCCGAUACGUCGACGACACGUUCACCUUAUUUGACUUCUGUUUGGUUAUGAAAGGACAUAGCAGUACUGCUGUGUUCUUACUGUCAAAUAAGGUGAACGUGUCAUUGACGCAUGAUAACCAAACAGAAGGGCGAACGUUGCUGUUAAGAAAAAAGAAAAAAAAAUUCUACACUAUCUCAAUACCUGUCAUGUAAAUAUCAAAUUCACCAUUGAAUUAGAAGAGAAUAACGCCAUCCCAUUCCUUGAUAUCCUCAUAACACGCUCAACGGAUCAUACUUUCUCC